CUCGGGGGGCGGAGGCGAAAAUGGCAGGCUCGCUUGCGGUCCCCAGCGCGGAGGAAGGGGUGACCCAGCCUCUGCGGGGAGUCGCCAUGGAGACGGGGGCUGAGGGCGUCCUAGCGAGGGCCGUGAUUGGUGCAGAGCCCUAACUCCCAGAAGCCCGGUAGAGAAUUCAGGAAGCUUGCUGGAAGGCGGUGCUGGGCACAUUUCCCCCUGAGAAGCUUGCUCGCGUCGACGGGUGCCGGGACGCCUGGAAGUGAGGCUCGGAGAGCGGGGAGACACAGCCCCGAGAGUGGCGCGACAGGCGGAAGGACGGUGGAAACUGAGGCGAGGAUGGAAACAGGCGAGCGCGGAAACUGAGGCGGGGGGCGGGGGCGCGGGGCGGCGCUCGCGCUGCUGCGCGGAGCACUCUGGGAGCUAUAGUCUGGCCGGGAGGGGAGGCCGAGGAGUGCGCAUGCUCGGGAGCGCGGUGCGGCCAGCUGAGCGCCGAGGUGAAGGCGGGGGCCCCUCGGCCCGGAAGGUUUGGACAGGGACCCGGACGGCAGUCCUGCGGGGCGCGGGGCAGGGGCCUGGCGCUCCCUGCGAACUGGCCCUGGGUUGUCGCGCACGGCGCGGGUUGCCACGGCGACAGAGCCUGGAGUCCCCGCCCCAUUGCCAUGGCGGCACCCGGAUCUGCCCCGGCUCCCUGAGGCAAGCGCCGCCCGCCCCGGCUGCUAUUCGACAUCGUUCGGGAAGCUCCGCAGGGCAGGCAGGGUCACGGAGGCCCAGCCUUCCCCUGGGAUUUCAGGCCGACUUGGAGCCUUGAGGAGCCAAGGUCAGACUCACGGGAUCAGGCGGCCUCGAAAUCGAAAUAAACGCCGGUUUCUUCCCAAAGCUCGGACCGUACCUCCAGCUGCAGGAGCAGCGCGAGUGUAGCGGGGGUCGCCCCCGUUUGCAGACGGGGGGGCGGAGAGUCACAGUGGCACAGCGACAAGGCAGGAUUACGUGGCAAAUAGGCAGGGUCGGGAUCUCCGGCUCUUCUCGCAGGCUCCAAGGCCAGGGGUCUCGGGCCCCUGGCACCCCUCUCUCAAACGCCAUCACCCGCUAGCCCCACCUGAGUCAGGAGGUCGAGGAGAUAAUGGGGCUCAGAAAAGGGGGCUGGAUGGGAGGAGGAUGACGACAGAGUGAUGUGCCCUACAGUGGGCCUCGCACAGGUGUGGGCUGGGGCCGCUGGAGGGGGGCUGCCCUGUGAAACCACGCUGGGGGGCAACAGUCGGAGAAACACGCAGGAGAGUGGAUGGCAGUGAUGGGCCGGCGCUGGCGGGGGCGAGGUGGCGGUGGUGCGGAUGCCCAGCGGCGGGGGUCGUAGGUGUCUCUCUUGCCAGGAGAGGGCUGAGGGCAGGGCUCAGGCGGUGCGUGUAGACGGGUGGGAUUUAGCAGGCAGAGGAGGUGCCUUCUGGGCCUGAGGAACAGGCCAGAGACUGCACACACCCAGCUAGAGGGGUUCAACGAGGGCUGGCCGGCCCCACGCGGCAGCUGAGCCUGAGCGGCACGCCAGCUGUCCCCAUCGCAGCAGCCUCCGCGCGCUCCUCCCUGGGGGUGGACACUGGCCUCAAGAGCCCCAGCCUGGUCUUUCCGAUGAGGCCAGCGGCUUUGGGCUCCCCGGGCCGCGCAUCCCUAGAAGAUGAGGGGCCUGUCACGGUGAAGCUGGAGGACUCUGAGGAGGAGGGCGAACUCGCCGCCUGGGAUCUGAGCCCAGAGACGGCACGGCAGCGCUUCCGGCGCUUCCGCUAUGAGGAGGCCGCGGGGCCUGGCGAGGCGCUGGCCCGGCUCCGGGAGCUCUGCCGCCAGUGGCUGCGGCCCGAGGCGCACUCCAAAGAGCAGAUGCUGGAGCUGCUGGUGCUGGAGCAGUUCCUGGGCGUGCUGCCCCUCGAGAUCCAAGCCCGCGUGCGGGGACAACAGCCAGGCAGCCCUGAGGAGGCCGCGGCCCUGGUGGAGGGCUUCCGCCGGGAGCCAGGAGGGCCCCGGAGAUGGGUCACGGUCCAGGUGCAAGGUCAGGAGGUACUCUCGGAGAGGACGGAGCCCCCCGACUUCCAGGCCCUCCCUCAGCCCACACCUGAGACUCCAGAACCGGGGCUGGAGAUGCCCCCUGGGGCCACGGAGCAAUCAACGCUGGGCCUGCUGGUGAAAGAGGAGUCCGAGGUUACCGAGGAGCCAGAGCCACUGUGUCCUCGGCCUCUAAGCAGCCCGCAGGGGACCCCUUUCACUCUGCUCCCUGACCAGGCCCAGGACUAUGGCGUGGUGCUGGACCAGGCCUCCCCCCAUAGUGAGUCUGGGCCUGAGGGUUCCUCCUGGAGGCAGCACUGCCGGGCCCUGUGGCAGGAGGAAGCCGGGGGCAUCUUCUCCCCAGGGUUUACACCCCAGAUGGACAACGUCUCUGUGGACCCGGACAUCGUGAGCCCCCACGUCCACCUGCCCUGGGACCUCGGUGUGGCCAGCCUCACAGGCCGACAAGGGUCAGCCUCCCACGAAGGUGGCUAUUCACACGCGCUAGCGCUCUCCAGCAACCUGGGAGGUGAGCUGGACCCCACGGAGGAUGCCCGCCAGGGCCUGGGCCGCGGGCUGGCCGUGGCGAGCUGGCGUGUCCCCAAGGGUCGCAGCCGGGCUCGGGGGCGCCCCGGCACAGGGGCCGGAGCUGAGCGAGGGGGCCGCUGCGACAUGUGCGGGAAGGUGUUCAGCCAGCGCAGCAACCUGCUGCGGCACCAGAAGAUCCACACCGGGGAGCGGCCCUUCGUGUGCGGCGAGUGCGGCCGCAGCUUCAGCCGCAGCUCGCACCUGCUGCGCCACCAGCUCACGCACACAGAGGAGCGGCCCUUCGUGUGCGCCGACUGCGGCCAGGGCUUCGUCCGCAGCGGGCGCCUGGAGGAGCACCGGCGCGUGCACACAGGCGAGCAGCCCUUCCGCUGCGCCGAGUGCGGCCAGAGCUUCCGCCAGCGCUCCAACCUGCUGCAGCACCAGCGCAUCCACGGCGACCCGCCGGGCCCCAGCGCCGCGCCCCCGGCCCCUCCCGGCGCGCCUGAGCCCCCCGGCCCCUUCCCGUGCAGCGAGUGCCGCCAGAGCUUCGCGCGGCGCGCCGUGCUGCUGGAGCACCAGGCGGUGCACACGGGCGACAAGUGCUUCGGCUGCGCUGAGUGCGGCGAGCGCUUCGGCCGCCGCGCGGUGCUGCUGCAGCACCGGCGCGUGCAUAGCGGCGAGCGGCCCUUCCGGUGCGCCGAGUGCGGCCAGAGCUUCCGCCAGCGCUCCAACCUCACGCAGCACCGGCGCAUCCACACCGGCGAGCGGCCCUUCGCCUGCGCCGAGUGCGGCAAGGCCUUCCGCCAGCGGCCCACGCUCACGCAGCACCUGCGCGUGCACACGGGCGAGAAGCCCUUCGCCUGCCCCGAGUGCGGCCAGCGCUUCAGCCAGCGCCUGAAGCUCACGCGCCACCAGCGGACGCACACGGGCGAGAAGCCCUACCGCUGCCGCGAGUGCGGCCUGGGCUUCACGCAGGUCUCCCGGCUCACCGAGCACCAGCGCAUCCACACGGGCGAGCGGCCCUUCGCCUGCCCCGAGUGCGGCCAGCGCUUCCGGCAGCACGCCAACCUCACGCAGCACCGGCGCAUCCACACGGGCGAGCGGCCGUACGCCUGCCCCGAAUGCGGCAAGGCCUUCCGCCAGCGGCCCACGCUCACGCAGCACCUGCGCACCCACCGGCGCGAGAAGCCCUUCGCCUGCCAGGACUGCGGCCGCCGCUUCCACCAGAGCACCAAGCUCAUUCAGCACCAGCGCGUGCACAGUGCAGAGUAGCCGGGGCAGGCGGCCCCACCAUCGUCCACCGUUGGGGGCGGGCUGUGUGUGGAACACCUACCUCAUGGGGUUGCUGAGACCCGUGAUCGCGUGGGUACAACCCAGCUCUCUUAGGGCCUGGCUCCCAGUAGGUGCUCAAUAAACAACGCACAGAACCUCUGUCUGGGUCUGCACCCACUGUCUGCCCACCUGCCUGGACCCCUCUCAGCCCUCACUACAGGUCUACCACCUUCUCUGUAACCACGUGGCUCCUGCAAGACCCAGGGCUCCCGGCAGAUGUGGCCUCUAGCAGGGCCUGCCCACGUCUGCAGGACGUCCCCUUACAGCAGGGCUUCUGUACUAUUUGCCUUCAACCCACCUCUCUGCCGGCCAAGUCAACCUCCAGCAGAGGACCAGGAGGGCACAGCCCUGCCAGCCAGCCAAGACCAUUGGGUGUUGAAGCAUCAAAUGGGUGCCAUUAGUCCACUGCCAGCCUGAGUUUAUGUGUUUAUGAAACCGAGGAGGCCAUAUCUUAGCUGUAAAAGCUGUAAGGUUUUAAGUGGGAAUCUAGUCUUAGGAGACUUUCCUCUGUUCCCACAGACUCCAGCCGGUCUGAGAACCAAAGCUGGCAGCAAGGCUAGGCCAGUUCCCCAGCCCUCCAGGUGCUGUCGCGGGCUGUUCUCUUCCCUCCCUGGCCCCAGGCACAACCCCUAAGUACCCCCCAACUGGAAGGUCUCUAUCAUGUGUGUUCAGUAACUAGUCACAGGACACACCAGCCGCUGACAUACAGGUGGACAGACACUGGCAGCUCCAGGUCAGACUUCUGCAGACUCGAGGGCGGGACCUCCGGACCCCUCCCGCCUUUUCCUGCGCCACUGCUGCUUUUGCCCUGUCCUCCCCUUCCAUCCUACCGCUGGGGCCUUGACACGGCCCCCCUUUCCCCCAAUGGAUGGCGGAAGGACCAGAGACCAUGGGUGAAAAGCAGUUCCAAAAAGGGGAUAUUCAUGCAGCAGGGUCUGGCUUGGGACUUGAACCUCACCCUAGACUGGAGUCAGCCUGAUCUUGGUCUAGAGGUCUAGAGGGUUCUAGGAACAGCCCUUCCAGAAGCACAGCUGCUACCUCACCUGCCACUUUGAGUCACCCCAGUCCCUACAAGACUUGGGCCCUGGUAUCAGGAAAAGACAAGCAGCCUGGGCCAGGGGCUCCCUACCAACAUGCGAGAGAAGGCCUGCUCCAAGCCUCAGGGCCCCUCCUCCCCAACUCGACCCUUCUCCUUCCCCCUCCCCGCUAGUCUAGCCCCAGCCACAACCAGGGCCAUUCUUGGCAUCUACUGGACAGGGAGGCCUGGCGUCCUGCGAUUCAUGGGGUCGCAAAGAGUCGGACACGACUGAGCAACUGGACUGAACUGAACUGAACUACAUCCAGCAAGGUCUGCCACUCCCCAAGGCAGGGGCACUACUGUGCCGCAUGAUCAGGACUGAGGCGGGGCAGGGUGGGGGUGGGGGUCCCCUGGGCCCUUUGACAGCACUCAGUUCUCUGGUCACAAACGGUUCUGAGAAACCUGGUGUGAGAUAUGUAGAAUCAGAGGGAAGAGGAAGACAGAGAGGGGCUGAGGAAUCAGCUCAGAGAAGGCACACGAAUGAACACAGGUAGCCAGUAGCUAGUGGUCUCAGGUUGGAGGAAUGUUGCCGGAACUUUAUAAAAUCCUGUAAUGUGGGGUUUUUUUUAAUGACUUGUGUGACUUAUAAUCUGAAACAAAGAAAACUCAUCUUUGGUCA